CAAACAUGUACUUGCUCACAUUCACACACUAUAAUGACAAUUUAAAAUCUUUAGGGAACCUAAACUGUGUGUUUUUGGACAGUGGGAGGAAACUGGAGUACAGGUAUCCAGUGUUUUUCCAAUGGGCUUUUUGGAUCUAAAGUGCUCCCCAAAGUUCAACAUGGCGGCGAGGGUACCAGUGGCUUCAGGCAGGCUUCUGGAGAGUGUACGCAAAUGGUACUACGGCUUGAGUGGCUUCAACAAGCUUGGUUUGAUGCGAGACGACACGAUGUACGAGGACAGCGAUGUAAAGGAGGCCCUGCAGAGGCUCCCGGAGAACGUCUACAAUGACCGCAUCUUCCGCAUCAAGCGAGCUCUGGAUCUGUCUAUGAAGCAUCAGAUCCUCCCCAAGGACCAGUGGACAAAAUAUGAGGAGGAUGAGCCCUACCUGAUGCCGUACCUGGAUGAGGUCAUCCGCGAAAGAAAAGAAAGAGAAGAAUGGAUGAAGAAAUGAGUGAAAGCAAGAGAGCGGGGCCGGUUAAUCCUUGCGCGAAUAUCCUUGGUGUUGUAUUUAAAAUAAAAUCAAAGCCUAUAGAGCUAUUAAAGUGUCCAUUUUGAAAAAA